CAUCAUUCUUCAUCAUUCUGGCACUGAAACACCGAAGAUUUUGUGGGGUUUUUCUGCCAAAUAAAGUGGUUUAUUCUAGAUAUUUUUAAGUCAGAACUAUGGUCUGAAUAACGUGUAUCCUUGUGCCAAUAGCGCUGUUUAUUUGGCACAAGUUUAUACAGCCCAUAGUCGAUAUGUGGUACGGCAAGAAACCCAUCUCAGACAAGGCUGCUCCCAAUGAACCCGAUAGCAAGGUAUAGAUUUUUUGUUUUUUUAAAUAUUUUGACACUACAAACUGAAUUUUGACCACUGAAUUUUCGUUGUGUUUUGCAAAAUUAUCACAUGAACACAUUGAAAAUAUUUUAUUGAUUCCGAUCUGAUAGAAUAUAGGGCAUUUUAAAGUAUUUAUUUAAUAUUUAAUAUCUUCAUGUCGUUGACAAAUUUAUAUUUGGAAUAUAGCUAAGACAGCUGCAUAUUGGGAGAGAUGCGACUACCUCAAAAAUACAAGAAGAACUUCAAUUUUUCGAGAAAAAGCCCUUCGUCGGGAUGUUAGUGGUGGGGGCACAGAUAUACAGAAGCCUGACUUCUUCGUUUUUCCUAUAUGUAUGUCUGUAUAUGAUUUUGGCGUAACCGUCCUAGCCAGUGCGUGUUUGAAAGCAUUCAUCCCCUGAUAAUAUUCAAAAUGGCAGACGUCCAGGGGGAAUGCCUCUCAUAAGUGCACAGUUGGCUAAGACCAUGGAUGAUGAACAAUGGCAUGGCAGCGUUUACGCUUCCUUCUGUGUACCGUAUUCUGUGACGGGGUCUGGAAAAUUAUAUGAGUUUGAUACUAGCAAAUUAAAAGAGAUCAUGUGACAAAAAAUAAACCAAUAAUCAGAUGGAUUUAGUCAAAACAAACUAUAAACAAAAAAUUGUAAAUCGCAUUACAGAGUACAUUAAUACAACCAUAUGGAAAACUACAACAAAUAUAUUACUUAAUUGUUUCAUAUAUUUGUAUUCGUUGUAGUUUUCCCCAUAUUUGCAUUAAUUGAUUAUGUAAUGUGAUUUGCAUUUUAUGUUAUGUUAAUUUAUACCAAUUGGUUUAUUUUUGUCCCAUGAUUGCUUUUAUAGUCACUACCAGUAGUAUAAAAGCUCAUGUCAUUUUCCCAUCCGACUUCACUACUAACUUCCCAACAAAGGUCCUUUGCUCAAAAUGUCAAAGUUCUGCAAGUUUGUAUUUUUUUACCUACAAUGGCACAGAUAGGGAUUGACCGAUUGUGCAAGCCAAGAUGGCAGCCAUUGACGUCAUAGCUCCAAACUAAGGUCAUAAACAGUUUUUAUACCAUUUUUCCCCAGCUAAAUCCAGCUUUUCCUAACUGACCGUAUCACUAACCAAGUUAUAAUACAAAAUUUUGGCACACUCCUUGCCAAGAUGGCAGAAAUUGAAGGAGCUCCAGAUAUAUAUAUAUAUAUAUAUAUAUAUAUAUAUAUAUAUAUAUAUAUAUAUAUAUAUAUAUAUAUAUAUAUCGAGCUCACUGGAACAGAUACAGUUGUAGCUGACCUCAUAUAAAAUUUUAGAAUGUUUGCAUUUUGUAAAAUUUUAUGAUCUUCACUAAUGUGGCUAGGCCGUACUCUGACAAAAGCAAAGGUGCUUGAAAAAUAGUGCUGCUCUGUGACCCAAGACACUUUCCACUCAUUUACCAAAACAGGAGUAUAUGUAAUAUAUCAAUAACAGCUAGGCCAAAAGCAAACAAUGCAUAAAAUAAUAGGGACGUGCUGGACAUACCGCUUUACCGGAUAGUAGUCUGUCUACUGGAUAAUAACUGGAUAAUAACCGGAUACCAAUGGUGGUACUUGGACAAUAUGUCGCUGGCUUUUUGUCAUAAAAAUAAAUAGUCCAUUGUAUGUUUAGUGUGUGGCACAAGGGUCGUCAGAGAAUACCUGUAUACAUGCAUCACAAAAAAACUUAACUGUAAUUUCAUUUUAAUGUGUCACAUGUGUGGUAGACUACUAGUUAGUGUUUCACAAUAUCUUAAUGCAAAACAGACAGUUUUGUGCUUACAAUAAAAGUUCCACUACUAUCUGGUAAAUACUGUAUCUGGCAAAUUUUUACCAGAUGUCUAUAUUUUGCCAGAUAUCCAGAUUGCUGAAUCAUUUAUAUGACUUGGCUAUGGAAAGAUAAUUCCUAUAUACAGUAGUUUACAGUAUUUAAUAAUAUCUAAUAGUUUACUUGUUAUUCUAUAUAGAAUGGUUCAGUACCGGUGAAAAAUGGAGAAAUACAUCAAGAUAUAAAAGGAGAAAUCCAAAAAGAAUCCGUAAUGGUUGAAUCAUCGAAAGACAAAUAAUUGCACAUAUUUAUAGUAGAUGAUUAUGAAGCUUAUGAUGACUUGUGAACAAAGCCUUGAAGAGGAACUUUGCAAGUUUGAUGUACUGUACUACAAAUAACUUCAUUUUCAACUCAAGCUAGAAAUUUUAUGUAGCCAUAGAUUCAGUAUUGUUGUAUGGUUAAUAAAUAAUAUUUAUUGUAAACAUUUUAAUUAAAGUACAGUAUAUGCUAAUGCUUUUUAACUGGACUAUUGUCUAAUAUUAAUAGUAUUUAAAUAAUAUAUAAUACUUUUUCAAUCA